AUGCCCUCACUCAAAAAUAUCCUCCAUAAGCGCGACUCAAUCUCAAAAAACAAAUCCCCCAUACCAACCACCUCGCCCGAGGCAAUCCCAACUUCUCCGCCACCCCCCGAAAUCACAUUCCUCCGCUCCGAUACAUUCGGCCACGAGGUGAUCACCCCACCAGUAUACCCCGACCACCACGAUCAUCAUCAAAACCAAAACCAAAAUCAAACCACCUUGAAAUCCGACGACCCUCCCAGCACACCAACAACCUCCUCCCCACGCCGCAGUUUCCAACUCUUCCGCCGCUCCUCCUCCGCCCGCUCCCUCUCCAACAACAACAACCCCUCACCUUCCUCACCAUCCCAACCACCGCGCCGAGAACGCGGCCUGUCAAAUCUACUCCACCUAGACCACCGCAGCCGGAGCAACUCGCGCGAUUCUUCGUCCGCGAACAUCCCCCAAGAUCUCCCACAGAUCGAAGACGAGCAAGGAGAUGAGCGGGAGCAGGAAGCGCAAUGGGAAAAGAGAGCUACAGUGCUAGUGCAGAAGAAUCCGCAUUUCGGCCCAACGUCGCCGAUACAUUCGCCAACGCAGUUGAGACCUGACCUGGAACGAUCAACCAAAAUGUUCGGCCAAUUGGCUGAUCCCAAUGGCACAAAUAACCCUCUCAGCCAAGUUCUCUACGGACUAGCACUACGACAUGGCUGGGGUUGCAUAAAAGACGAAACACGAGCUGUAACCUACCUCUCCGCCGCAGCCUCCAACUCCGCCGAUAUCGAAUCCGAAGCACUCCGCGCGGGCAUAAAGAAAGGCGGUGCCGCAAAGGGCGAGUUGGUGCUCGCCAUCUUCGAGUUGGCGAAUUGUUUCCGGAAUGGCUGGGGCGUGGAGAAAGAUCCCGCUGCUGCGAGACAGUAUUAUGAGACGGCUGCUAAUUUGGGAGACCUUGAUGCGAUGGAUCAGGUGGCUUGGUGUUAUAUCGAGGGGUUUGGGGGGAAGAAAGAUAAGGUUAGUUUAGUUCAGUGA